AAGGCCCAGGAGAAAACUACAAAAGAAAUUAAUUUCCUCUCCAUUUCAAGGAACAGAGCUAAUCCUGAUCGACAAAAAUGGCAGAGAUGAACAGCUCUCUGCAACAAAGCAACCCCACUUUUCAUUCUCUUGUUCAUUCACUUGACCCUAUUUCACUUCUUCUCUCUCAAAAUCCUGAUUCACAAAACCCACCGGCUUCGCUCAAACUCAUUACAGAGAGUUAUUUCAUGGAAAGAGGACCCAGAUACGAAGAAUACGCAGAACUCAGGGAAUUAAAGUUGAGAAGAAAGAGAGACCAAGGAGAAAGUUUUGAAGUUCAUGAGCCAAAGCGAUCGCCUUUAAAGAAGCAAGUGAGGUUUCAAGGGAAUUUGACUGGUCCCAAAAAAGGGUCCUCUGUUUCCAAUGUUUUGGCCAAGUCAGUGCCUGAUUUUUCAGCGACUUUAAGGAAGGAGAACAGGAAGCCGGUGACGGAAAAACUUGAAUUGACUCCUCCGUCGAAGAAUUGGUCAAGAAUUAAUGGGAAUUUGUCGAAUUCACGAGGGAGUAAGUCGGCGAAUGCUGGGGAGAAGAAAGGAGUAAUGGCGAGGAAGAGUUAUGCAAGUAUUGAAGAAUUGAAGGAGUUGUCAAUGGGGGUUUCCAAGGAUAUUUGUGGCGAAUAUAGAGGAAGAAAUGGGAGAGCAAAGGCCCUUCUGGGUUCAAGCAGACAAUUUUCAAUGUUUGGUUAAGUAGCUAUGGUUGUUCAUCAUCUUGUUCAAUUUUUUCCUGGUUUUAAGGGUUGUUGAUUUGAAUUGUAAUGGUGGCAUUGAACACGGUUCAAGAAGUUUUUUCAUUUUUUAACUCUGUUUUUGAUAGAUUGUAAAGCUCUGAAUAUCUUGUGAUAUAAUCAUGUUUACAUGUGAAGACUA